GUUAGCAAGCAUCUCAGGCUCUCAGCAUAGUCCAUCCAGUCCAGCAAAUUAGCAAUGGCCGCAGCAGCUGAUCCGGCGUCUAUUCUGCCACCGCGGCCGCGCACGAUGAAGCUGGGCUCGCAGGGGCUGGAGGUCUCGGCGCAGGGCCUGGGCUGCAUGGGCAUGUCGGCGGCGUACGGCGAGCGCAAGCCCGAGGCCGACAUGGUGGCGCUGCUCCGCCACGCCGUCGCGUCCGGGGUCACCUUCCUCGACACCUCCGACGCCUACGGCCCUCACACCAACGAGGUCCUCAUCGGCAAGGCACUCCAUGGCACGCCGGAGAAGAAGAAGGUGCAGGUGGCCACCAAGUUCGGCAUCACGCCUGACAUCAGGGGAGUCAGAGGCGACCCGGCAUAUCUUCGGGCGGCGUGCGAGGGUAGCCUCCGGCGGCUCGGCGUCGACUGCAUCGACCUCUACUACCAGCACCGCAUCGACACGACGGUGCCCGUCGAGGUCACCGUUGGUGAGCUGAAGAAGCUGGUUGAGGAAGGCAAGAUCAAGUACAUCGGGCUGUCCGAAGCGUCGGCGUCCACGAUCAGAAGAGCCCACGCAGUCCAUCCGAUCACCGCCGUCCAACUAGAGUGGUCUCUCUGGACAAGAGAUGCUGAACAAGAUAUAAUCCCAACUUGCAGAGAACUUGGAAUUGGGAUUGUAGCAUACAGUCCGCUGGGCAGAGGAUUCUUCUCCAGCGGAGCUAAACUUGUCACUGACCUGCCAAAUGACGAUUUCCGCAAGAAUAUGCCAAGGUUUCAGCCUGAGAACAUGGAGAAGAACGCGCUGAUAUUUGAGCGCGUGAGCCAGGUGGCUGCAAGAAAAGGAUGCACACCAUCGCAGCUCGCGCUGGCUUGGGUUCACCACCAGGGGAGCGACGUCUGCCCCAUACCAGGAACCACAAAGAUCGCCAACCUGAACCAGAACCUGGGAGCACUGUCAGUGAGUCUCACGUUGGAGGAGAUGGCCGAGCUCGAGUCCUAUGCCGCCAUGGAUGAUGUCCAAGGUGAACGCUACGAUGGCACCUUCUUUAACACCUGGAGAGAUUCAGAGACGCCUCCACUGUCGUCUUGGAAAGGCAACUAGAUAUGUAAACGUACGUACUAUUAUCUCUAGUGUGCAUUGUUGGGGGAGUUGAUGUUAUCUGCAUUUCUUUUUUUCAGACUAGCUAGCAAGUAGAGGUUAUCAAUGUCAUAUAUCCAAAUAAAUGUUGUAAUAAUUGUAUCCAGCGCGCGCUUGCUCCCUUGCUAGAUAAAUCUACUGAUAUUGUUUU